CACAUCCACGAUAUAAUUGAACAUCUGAAUUAUCUUCUUCACCAUGCAACCACCCCCCGAAACAACCCUCGCCCUAGCUCAGCCCAAUGACAUCCCAUUCAUCGAGGCCAUGGUAUGCGCCGCAUACACAAAAUAUAUCCCGCGCAUCGGGAAGCCGCCCGGGCCGAUGACAGCCGACUACCACCAACUUUUGGAGACCCAAGAGGUCUGGGUCCUUCGACUCGGAAAUACGAUAUUAGGGUCCAUUGUUCUAAACUCUGCACCCGAUCAUAACGCUUUGAGCAUUAAUAACCUGGUUGUUGACCCUGCUGCGCAGGGAAAAGGCUACGGGCGCGUGCUGAUGGCGCAAGCCGAAGCCGUGGCGCGGGAGAGGGGAUGUACGGCAUUGAAGCUGUUUACGAAUGUCCAUAUGUUUGAGAAUGUGGGGAUGUAUACUCGGAUGGGCUUUACGGAGUUGGAGAGGAGGUUGGAUGGAGGGUAUGAGAGGGUGUUUUUUCAGAGGGAGCUGGUUUAAUCCUUGUACCGGAUGAGUGAAUGGGGCGUUGGGCUAGAAUGGUGGGAAUCAGGAAUAGAUAUGCUAGUGUGUGGAUUUAGUAAGCUUUUUUGAUCAUGAAAUCUGCUUCUAACGCGUCAUCGUGGG